AUGACUGAGACUGGAAAAGACAUGUUUGACGUACUGGAUGGAUUGGGCCUGCCAUUUAAGCUGGGCAAGAAAGGCUUGGGGCAUAUGGCCUGCUUUCAGGAUCAGGAAUGGGAUGACAACGAUGGGUCUCAUCAAGACUCAUUGGACAUUGCGAGUGAGGCAGCCAAAAGCGCUAUACCUGAAUGGCCUGAUGAGUCCUUCAAUAUAAAAGAUACUAACGAAGCCAUUCUAAAAACACCGACCCCAUUUGGUGUUGCUUGGUUUCUGACUAACCGCAAGAAGGAAUUGGGAGCUAGGGCUCCGACAAAGGUGAUUGUUAAGACAAUUCACCAGUAUUCCGAUGAGCCUCAAGAUCAGGUUCAUUUCAUGUUCGAUAUUGCGCCAGUUAAGAAACCCACAGUAUGA